AUGGUACAACGUGCAAAAGAUGGGGAACAAGUUCCACCUAUUUUAGAUUGGAAUGGAUUAGGAGUGUUCUCUGAAUUAUAUAAAAGACUUUUAGAUGAUUAUGAAAUAAAUAAUAGAUGGCCAAAGACUCUUACAAUACAAUAUAAGUGUAUUAAUGAUUCAACAUCGCAUUCUAAAUCUUGUACAUUUCCUAUUCGGUCAGAAGUUGAUUCACCUGAUUUAAUUUCAAAAAGGUUAUAUGGUCUUCUUGGAAAUUCAGAUAAUUUGUUUCCAUGUUCAAGAUUAUCAGCUUCAGCUAUAGGUCUAAUUAAAGAUCAACUUACUGGAACAAUGGAUAUUACUAAAUUUAUAACAAAAAAUUUGCCAAAUAAUAAAGAUUCUUUUGGAAACAAUAGCCAUAAUAAUAAUAAUAUUGUAACUGAUAUUGACGAUGAAAUGAAAUUAGAAUCCUCACACACUCAAGGAUCAUCAAUUAACCAAGAACCGCUAAUUAAUCAACAAUUUUUAAUCAAUCAAGAAUCACUAUUUACUCAAAAAUCUUUAGUCAAUCAAGAACUAUUAAUUAAUCAACCUUUUGUAAUCAAUUCCAGUGCUGCUACACUCAAUGGAUCUUCCGAUUCCCAAAUUAUUUCUGAAAAUGCCCAAUCAUCAUUACCAUCAACCAAUAAUAUCAAUGUAAGUAUUAAAAGAUUGAAAUGUUCAUGUAAAAAAUAUAAAUUUAUGCAAAUCAGCAUUUUAUCAAGAAUAGUUUUCCAGGAACUAAUUAUUCAACUAACAAUAAUAAUACCAUCAUCACCAUCCAAUAAUACUAUUCUUCAAUUUUUCACCAAAUUAGAUCCAAAUUUAUUUAUCAGAUGUGAAAAAUGUUAUCGACCAAUAUCCAAUGAUAAAUUAGCUGAACAUUUAGAGAAUUGUAGUAAUGAAUCUAAUAAUAAUUUAAGAAAAAGGAAUAAGGAUAUUAGAAAUUAUUUUCAAUUGGAAAAUAAAAGUUAA